AUACGGUAACCGCCAUUUUGGAGCGGAGUUGAACGGACCGAGGUGCUUGGUGGAAGAAUCCGUUAUCUUCCUUCGUUCUUCCCUUUCCCUCCCCUCAUCCGGGACCAUGUCUGAUAAAUACGAAGGAGACACCCACCUGGAAGAGACUGGCGAGGAGAAACAGGACUCUCAAGAGAAGGAAGCUGUAACCCCAGAAAAAGCAGAAGAGCAAAAGCUGAAAGCCAAAUACCCUAAUCUGGGGCAAAAGCCAGGAGGCUCUGACUUCUUGAUGAAGAGACUUCAGAAAGGGCAAAAGUACUUUGACUCAGGUGAUUACAAUAUGGCCAAGGCUAAGAUGAAGAACAAGCAGUUGCCAUGUGCUGGGCAAGACAAGAACCUGGUAACAGGCGAUCACAUCCCCACACCACAAGACCUUCCACAGAGGAAAUCCUCACUUGUCACCAGCAAGCUAGCAGGGUAACCUGCAGUUCUCUUGCCCAGACCGGACCAGUCUGCAAUUCACUUUACCAUAGAGCUGGGCUGGCUGGACUUUUACAUAACCGCAUUUCCCCGUUAGUGUUGGAAGGACAGGUGUUGCAUUGCAAAAGAAUGAGGUAUCGGGUCCUUCCAACGCUUGAUGGGUUAAGCUCUUAACCUCGCUGCAAGCAAUCCAGCAAGACGCUGCGUGACUAGAUUAACAUUGGGUGAUGGACACUUGUGAUGAGAUUUUGGCGCUGAAGAAUUUGCUCAGACUUUUUAUUAACUGUUACAUAGUGUAAGCUAUAGAUAUGAGUUUAGCAUUCCUCGGUGUGUGUGAUUUUGAAGAUUUGAAGCACUUGUUAUGACCCGGAUGGAAAUACGAUUGUAUAUUUAUAGGCAGAACAGCAUUGGCCAUGUGAACAAAGCAAGAGUGAUGCCAGUCAUACUGGGUAGACCUUAAAUAUGACUUUUUUGAUGGAAAAGGGCGCUCGUAACAUUGCUGAUACUGCAAGCGUUUGUGAUACGUUGCUGAAAUCUACUGCAUUUCAUGGAGAUAUUUGGGCUGUACAUCGAAUUUCCAUACUUCAUUGAUUUGGGUUUUUAAUUAUUUUGAACCAUUAGAUUGACAGGUUUGUUUCACUGCUACGAUUUGAAGUGUAUAGUGGGCUAUGAAGUGAUACAGAUAGGACUGAAUGGUAAAAUAUGCUGAAUUUGCUAUAUAAUGUGAAUAUCUCUGACAUUCAUGCUGUAAUUUCUUAUACCAUACUUUUGUUUUCUUGCUGUGAGAAUGAUCACAAUCUUAUUGCAGGAUAUAAGCUUUUCAGGGCCUAGGGAAGAGGGCUUUUACCCCAUACUGUGACCAGUCUCUUUACACUCAUUAGUUGUGCCAUAUAAGCUAUUCACUCCCAAUGUAACAAUCUGGCUUCUGUAAGAUUUUGCCAAUAUUGCUUCUAAAACUGAUCAUAUCAGUCAUACGAACAAGAUGAGUAUAGAUAGAUUUUCUUCAGGCAUAGCUUCCUCCGUAUCCUCUUAGAGGCAUUAUUCUGGCACUAAUUUAAUUUUAAUUUUGUAUCCUGUUUAGUAGAAUGUCUUACCUUAUUUUAUCAUAAUUUAAUACAGAUAGUUAGGAUUUCAAAAUGGCACUUUGCCGUAUUCUGAUUCUCAACCUGAUUACUUUUUCCAGGAUUUCUCAAUACUUUUUUUUUUUUUUUAAAUACUCAUACCAACAAUCAUUAGUAACAUUGCCAAAAGUACUAAUAAAUUAUACAGUAUAAGGUUGGGUUUACAUUUCUUUUUCUUCUGUUAAAUCAAUCUGUACAACACGAUUGUUACCACUAAUGGAUUUCUGCAGAAAGCUUUAUUUUGUAUGUUUGUUAUGGCAUUGCAGCUUUGUAAUAGGGCGUGUUUGUCACCAUCGUAGCCAUGCUUGGUGGUGGUCUCUGCUCACUAACUUUAAAUCCUGCUUACAUCGGACUUACGUUCUGAACGUUCAGGCCGCAAUCCUAUAGCUUUGCUCUAUGGCACCGGUUUUCACGCUUUAGUCUUUGGUAUCUGACAACUCGAAGGUUGCAGUGAAUCAUCAAGCAGCUGCUUGAUAAGUUAAAUUGAUGGUAAAGAUUAUACUUUAUAAUACAUAUAUAAUACAUAAGAUGCGCAAAAUCCUUUUUUCAUUAUAAUUUAUAAGUUUGAUUAUUCCUUGUCCGACUGCCCUCUACAAAUGUGUGCUUUUUUGUUUUUUUUUGGCUGUGCCGUAUGGCUGCAAAGCUGAUUGGAUAAGAGGUGAAGACAUCACCUUGAGGUAAAAGGAAAUUUGUAGAGGGUGGUUGAACAGGGAAUAUUCAAACCAGAUGAUAAUUAAAAAAAAGGAUUUUGCUCAACUUUAAAAGCAUUUUACCAAGAUAAAAAGUAGAUUUGGGAUUUACUUUUAUAUAGUAUAAACUUUACCAUCACUUUAAUUUAAGCUUUAGCAAAAAAGCUAGUUAUUGACUUAAACAAUGGUACAAAUACAUACAGCCUUUAUAGCGAAAUCAGAAAUAAGCAUGGUCUGGAGUCUCUCAUAUAGUGUUUACAAAAGCUAUUUUCUUCAAGCAAAACCUUUUGGAGCUGAUCAAACAUCCCUAUCAAAAAAACAUGAUUCAUGCCAACAAUAGCAGAUGCUUCAAUGACGUGUUUGUUAAAGAUAAACUGGCGUUUGGAAUCUGCUUAUCCACAAACAUAUUGAAAUUGAAACCUUAUUCUGUGUAAUUAUUUACAGUUUUUUAUGCAGAUUUGUUUUAUUGGGCUAUUUCUACAUUGGUAUACUUUAUAGAAUGCUGGCUUCAGUUUGGAUUAUUCGACCUGUUUUAUGUGAAUGUUAUCCAUGAUAUACACAAAGUUUACAAUUUUAUUCCCCCCCCCCCCACCCCGAUACAAUGACAUGUAAUUUUGCAUCUAAUAUUAUAUGUAAAUGUUCCAACUGAACGGCAAACUAUUUCAAACUGUCAUUUUCCUUCAUGCAACUUGACUGCUUGUUUUUAAAGGGACGUUAAACCGCAGAGUACAACUACAGUAGCAUGGUUACUACUCAAACCUUGCUAUUAUUUUCCCUCCUGUACCUGUCUUCAAAGUUUUCCUCUUAUUUUUAACUACUUACAAUUAUCAGUUAGUGACGUUCUGCAUCUUCACACUGGGCGCCGCCAUCUUGGAGCUUAUAUUUCUUAUGUAAUUUUUAAACUCGGCAAAAAUGUAAUGCUUCUGCUUACUAUUAUAUGAGCUUAACUGAAGUGUAAGGUACAGCUGUCAAAAAGCCAGUAACAUCACAGACCUGUGCUUCUGUCACAGAAUGUAACAAUACACGAGCUACAAGAUGGCGUCGCCCAGUAUAUAAUGCAGAGCGUUACCAACUGUAUUCUGUAAUGAGUAAAAUUAAUAGAACAGCUUUAACCCCUUGGCGACCGAGGAUGUGUCAGGCACAUCCUACAUUGGGUGUCAGUUAAUGACCAAGGACGUGCCUGGCACGUCCUCUGGGGUUUUAAGCUUUGGAAGCGAUCGUUAUCGCUUCCAGAUGCUUUCAGGUUAUUGCAAUGAUGCCUUGAUGUUGAGGCAUUGUGCAAUACCCUUUUUUUAGGCAAUCGAUGCAGAGGGGGCCACUCUGUGUCCCCCUCUGCAUCGGCCAGCGAUAGUGCGGAUCGUUGGUGGCGUGGGAGGGAUACAAGGGAGGAAGGUGGGCGGUCCAUCGCUGCAGAUGAGUUCCGGAUCUGGGAGUGCCGACAGUGGUAGCACUCUUGCUACAGUGAGUGUGGGAGUGUAUUUAGGUGGGCAGCCACACUACAGCUGCCAGUACCCAAGAUGGCGACAAAUAGGUAGCGAGGGAGAGGGUUAGAGAGCGGUUUGGUGGGAUCAGAAAGGUUGGGGGCUUAGGGGGGAUCCUACACUGCAGAAUAUAUGUAUGAAAAAAAUAAAAAAAGCCUUUUAUUUUAGUACUGGCAGAGUUUCUGCCAACACUUAAGAUGGCGGUUGCAAUUGUGGGGAAAGGAAGGGAACUGUUUGAGGGGGGUCAGGGAGGGAUCAGGUGGGAGGCUGACCUCUACACUAAAGCUAAAAUUAACCCUACAAGCUACCAAUUAACCCCUUCACUGCUAGGCAUAAUACAAGUGUGUUGCACAGAGGCAUUAAGCGGCCUUCUAAUUACCAAAAAUCAAUGCCAAAGCCAUAUAUGUCUGCUAUUUCUGAACAAAGGGGAUCCCAGAGAAGCAUUUACAACCAUUUGCGCCAUGAAUGCAUUAAUUGUUGGUAAAUAAUUUCAGUGAGAAACCUAAAAUUAUGAAAAAGUGAACGAUUUUUUUUUAUUUGAUUGCAUUUGGCGGUGAAAUGGUGGCAUGCAAUAUACCAAAAAUGGGCCUAGAUCAAUACUUUGGGUUAUCUACUACACUAAAGCUAAAAUUAACCCUACAAGCUACCUAAUUAACCCCAUUCACUGCUGGGCAUAAUAUACGUGAGGUGCGCAGCGGCAUUUAGCGGCCUUCUAAUUACCAAAAAGUAAUGCCAUAGCCAUAUAUGUCUGCUAUUUCUGAACAAAGGGGAUUCCACAGAAGCAUUUACAACCAUUUGUGCCAUAAUUGCACUAACUGUUUGUAAAUAAUUUCAGUGAGAAACCUAAAGUUUGGUAUAAAGUGAACCAUUUUUUUAUUUGAUUGCCUUUGGCGAUGAAAUGGUGGCAUGAAAUAUACCAAAAUGGGUCUAGAUCAAUACUUUGGGUUGUCUACUAAAAAUAAAAUAUAUACAUGUCAAGGGCUAUUCAGGGAUUCCUGACAGAUAUCAGUGUUCCAAUGUAACUAGCGCUAAUUUUGAGAAAAAAAAUAGUUUGGAAAUAGAAAAGUGCUACUUGUACUUAUUGCCCUAUAACUUGCAAAAAAAGCAAAGAACAUGUAAACAUUGGCUAUUUCUAAACUCAGGACAAAAUUUAGAAACUAUUUAGCAUAGGUGUUUUUUGGUGGUUGUGGAUAUGUAACAGAUUUUGGGGGUCAAAGUUAGAAAAAGUGUGUUUUUUUUCUCAUCAUAUUGUUUUUAUAUUAUAAGAUUCUUAGAAAGUCCAUUUAAUGGCGAGAAAAACGGUUUAUAAUAUGUGUGCGUACAGUAAAUGAGUAAGAGGGAAAUUACAGCUAAACACAAACACCGCAGAAAUGUAAAAAUAGCCUUGGUCCCAAAUGGUAAGAAAAUUGAAAAGUGCUAUGGUCACUAAGGGGUUAAAGAGCCACAGGUGCGGUAGGAAAUGCAAAAUUAUGACUAGUAGUAACCAUGAUGCUGUACUUGUGCCCUGCUGUUUAAUAAAAGGAGGAUUAUUUUAAACUUGUACCCAGAAUGGUUUCCUGUUUUAACCUUUUUAAAAUGAAGCCAGAAAAUGCAUAUUGCAUACUUAGGUAUUCAUUGCUCACUCAUUUCACACUUGUUUUAGUGGACAGGAAUAAUCCUCUGAAAGGCAGAUUAAUUCAGGACAGGAAGGUCUCAUCUUGAUUUUUCUCUCUUCCCUAAUGUUAGAUUGAAUUGAUGAAAAAUAAAAUGUACAUCAAAUCUCUGUAAUUAAAUCUUCCAUUUUACAUUUAUUUAGUUUCAUUUUAUUUUUUAAUUAAGCUGCCAUCUAUGCAUUUCCAGCUAUGCUUUGUAUACAAGUAACCCCUGGAUCUGAUCUGUUCUCCCUAGUAAGGCACAUUAGUGCUGUUUUAUUUACAUAUUCAUUCUUGUUUAUCACAAAUACUGAAAUUAUAGUUUCAGAAACUUGUUAUAUAUUAACUUACAAUGUUUAUUUAGCUUUGUAAAUAGCACUACAGGAAAACAAGUAUUUGAGGUAUAAGUCACACUCGAGUGUACUGCAAAUAGAUCACUCACCUGGGGCCAGAAAUAUAACAUUCAGUGUGGUGUAUAUACCAUUAGGGUCAAGUCUGUCUUCAAGGACUAAAAACAGGUUAUAGUUUCAUAACCUUCCUGCUUUGUGUACACACAAUAAUCAAUUUGAUGUGUUUUUACUUCAGCAGCAUAAAAUCUCACUGUUUGUGUUUCCAGGUAAUCUUUGAGCCUCCUGUUGUGUGUGUGUUUAUUUUUUUUUUUUAUUUUUUUUUAAGGGGGUUCCACUUUUAAAUUCACUGUUAUGGCUAUGAUUGGCAGUUAUGGGUGUUGAUACACAAUAAGCUGUUAGAUCAAAUUCCAGCAGUAAAUUAGAAAGGAAUCUUCAACAAAAAUGAUUAUUAUAGUAUAUUGAUGUUAGUACAGACUAAGGUUGCAAUUAUAAUGUGAUGUAACCUAUAUUGGGAUGUUUGGUUGCCUUUUUUUGCAUUAGAGGUAGAUUAUAUCUCUGUGCUUUGUUGCUUCACAUCUCAUGCCUGUGCUAGUCAAUGGUCAGUCUCAUGGCUGGAAAGUGGUCAUUGCAGUUCACCAGUCAGGAGGUAUUUUUAUCUGCUUUUGGUUUUAAUAUGUACUGAUGGAUAUUUUCAGCAGCACUCGACCCGAUGGUUUUAGCUGUGUGCAUAGUAACAUGUCAGAAAUUUCUGCAAGGGGUGUUUGGUCAUGUGAGAAUACAUUUCCCUUUGUAUACCGAAAUGAAAGCUAUGGUUUGCAUUCAUUAGACUAGAAUACGAAUAUCCUUUUUGCUCCUUGUUUAUUUUUAAUAAUUUUCUCCUUAAAAUGUAAAUGGAUUUUCACAAGUUGUAGUCAGUAAUUUUUCUGCAACAUUGACAGAUUAAAAAUAUUUUGGAAAUUGCAUUUUCAGACAGUUGUGUAAACAUGACAAUUUUACUUUGAAACAUUUAAUUUUGAAGGUAUCCUCAGCUUAGCAAACAUUUGAGCUAGUCUUGGUUUAUUUGCCUUUUCAGCCUCUGUAUUUAAAACAUUUAUCACAUCCAGUAGAGCAGGGCUCGACAAACCCAGGAGCCAGGGAGCCACUGGCUACUAGAAUUUUACCCCUGGCUCUUAACUUUUUGGAUUAUUCUCCAUAUAUCUAUAAAGAAAUACCACUGUCUGGCUCAUAAAAGUUUUUCUGGCUGCUAAUUUUUAAACAGAUUUGUCUACCACUAGAGAGUGGACCAUAAAUGGUAAAUUGUAAACGUUUACCAUAGUAUUGCCAUCCUUAAUAUUAUCGGUUGAGUAAAUAAAACUAAGGAACGAUAAUAAAUGGGACAUUAAACGCAUCAUAGUUUUGUUUGUACUUGUCCCCCCUCUCCCUAGAGAUUAAAAAAAAAAAUUUAACUGAAGUUUUCUGCAAAUUGCCUAAACCAGCUGUUUGAUUUCUAGCAUUCCUAAGUUACAUAAUUCCCUUUUUUUGCCGUUUUGAGAGUGUGCGACAAAAAAACAAUUUCUACACAAAAAAAUGCAAGAGGUAUUUAUUGUACUUAUAAAUGCCAAAGUAAUCGAGAAUUUGGCAUAGAGUGGUUGGAAUUUUCCUGCAUGAUUGUAGGUAUUGUUUGUAUUGAAUUCCAAGCCACAAAUGGUCCAAGUAAUUAAUAAACUAGUGAAACUGUCUAAAUUUUGCUAGCAGAGAUUUUAUUUAAAGAAUGUGCUUUUUUUUUUAACUAUAACAUCACUCAAUCUUCUAUACAUAGCCAUUCCACCAACUUCAGGUUUAUUAACUGAUGACUGCAUUAUAGGCCAUUUUAACCAACCUUUGUCUAACUAGAACUUGGCUUCUUAAGUAUUAGCAGUAUCAUGACCUGUCUUUUUAGCAUUGUAUAAUUGUUCCUUUUCUUGUUGGGUAUGAUGAUCACCCUUUCUGAGCCUAGCCCCGACUUUUGGAAAUAGAGCAAUUGCUUUUUGAGCAAUUGCAGUCCCUCUUUUGCAAUAUCAUCAAGAUAGAAGUUACACUGGACAAAAUGAUGGAUUGUUGUGAAACGGCAGUUUAGACCGUUUCCUUUUGUAGUGCAUUAUCUUACAGUGUAAAUAUUUGAUCACUCCUGUUAAAAUGUAUGUAUUUUUAUUUCCUGUUGUCUGUUUCGGUAGUGCAUUCUGUGGUCAACAUAUCUUGGAGACAAAGCAACCUGUGGAUUUGUUUCCCCUCUUUUGUUGACUUUACCCCGAUAGGGAGCAAUAGAAGAUAUAUCCUAAGACUGACCAGAAAGGUACCCACUGUCAUGAUGCUUUUUCAUUUGGUGCCCUGUUAUACCUUAGCAAUAUUUCUAAAGGGGUACACUCCUCUAUGUCCUUUAGAGCAGUUCAGUCUCAUCCUGAUCCGAUAGUGAUCCAUUAUCUCCAGACACAACCAUACUAAAUAUCCUGAGGUGCUGGCAAAUUAGAGCGUUAUUCUGAUAUACAUACAGUGACACUGUUACUGAGCAGAUUGGGAAUCCGUUUAUUAAUGCACAAGAUGUCUCAAACAAUAUUGCCUUAUAGAAAGUUAAUUUGGGCUUUUAUACAUUUUGCAUGUUCAGCUGCUUGUCUCUUUUGGUUUUGUUAAACACACUAACUUAAAGGGACAGUAAAGUCAAAAUUAAACUUUCAUGAUUCAGAUAGGGCAUGCAAUUUUAAACAACUUUCCAAUUUACUUUUAUAAUCAAAUUUGCUUUGUUCCCUUGGUGGUAUUUUGGAAAAGCUAAACCUAGCUAGGCUCAAACUGAUUUCUAAACCGUUGAAAACCGCCUCUUAUCUCAGAGCAUUUUGAAAGUUUUUCACAGUUAGACAAUGUUAGUUCAUGUGUGUCCUAUAGAUCACAUUGUGCUCACUCCCGUGAAGUUAUUUAGGAGUCUUCACUGAUUGACUACACUGCAUGUCUGUCAAAAGCACUUGGAUAAGGAGGCUGUCUGCAGAGGCUUAGAUAAAAGGUAAUCACAGAGGUAAAAAGUAUAUUAAUAUAACUGUGUUAGUUAUGCAAAAAUGGGGAAUGGGUAAUAAAGGGCUUAUCUAUCUUUUUAAAUAAGAAAAAUGUUGGUGUAUACUGUCCCUUUAAUUGGCACGUUCACCAGUCUUUGCUAUUCAGUUGCUGUUACGUUUCCGCAACAGCCUUUGUUAAAGGCUAUGAAAUGUUAAGCAUGCUAUGUGACUAAGGCCAUAUAUAGUUUACACGUGGGGAGUUAAAAUAUUAGGACUUUACUUUGCAUUAACAUCAAUAUCCAUUCUAAGUAUAGCGCAUGCUAAAAACGUUUUGUCUUCAUUAAGAUACUUUUGGUUAAAAUAUUUAACUAUCCAAUUAUAAUUGUGCAUUCUAACACACCCUGUGCUAUUGCUUGUAAUCUAGCCCUUUUUAAAUGACCAGUCUUCAAUAGAAGGAGCUAUGUGCUUAUCUGUCUAAAUGAAGAGCACAUUGAGAUAAAUACUAGUAAAAUGGUAAUAUAAUCCUUUUUUUUCUGUAGCCAUCAUUCUGGUUUUUGUGACACCAUGGGUUAAAUCUGUUUAAUCUACAUAGAAAAUAAGGUCUAUAUUUCUGAUUUAAAAUAUGACUAGUUUCAUUUAACUAUAAUGGAUUCAUUAAUUACAAGCCAAGCUAUAAUGAUCUCCAGGGUAAUGUGUUAGACAAUAUAGUUUGUUGUGUAGGUUGUAAUAACUUUCAGUUUAGUGACAUUCCCAGCUUUUAUCUCUUAUGAACACUAUUGACGCUUUAUUCUGGGGGGUUUUCCCAACACCACCAAAGCAGAUUAUGCUCCACACACAAAGGAAUCUUCUAUCUUAAUUUGAAAGAUAUGUAAAUAUUACUGUUAAAAGGCUAUGUGCAAGAAGGAGUAGACAAUAUAGAUAGAUUGAUGGAGAUAUAUAUAUAUAUAUAAUUUCCCUAAACCCUUUUUUCUGCUCUCACUGUGCAAAGCAACAUUCUCUUUAAAUGGUAGUAACCAGACAAAUCAAUGUGGCGAUCAGAUUUUUUUUUUUUAUCCCCCACUGUUGCAUUUCCAAGAUUGGAAAUGUUACUUGAAAUGUAAAUCUGUAUUUGCUGUUAUUAAUAAGGUUUAAUACCGGUUUUCUUAAAUUGAAAGUCAGCUUUCAUGAUAAAGUGCCAGGUUUUCAAAAUAACUAUUAAAAACAGGGGGACUUUCAUUCAUGAAAGUUUACAUUGCACCAGAUUUUACCCAGCAAUGACGAAACUGGCUUCCUCCAAACACAGCGUGGCCUCACCAGAUGGACGCUCCUGGGGGGGAUCCCGUGAUUGGAGGAAGCCGGUUUCGUCAUUGCUGACGAAGUACAGAGAAACUGCAGGCGGGGGAUCGGCGAUCCGGCAUUUCAGGAGAAGAUAAUUAUUUGUAAAAUCCGGUGCAAUGUAAACUUUCAUGAAUGAAAGUGCCCAUUUUUAUCACUUUAUCAUGAAAGUUGACAUUCACUUUAAUUUGCAAGUAUCUGGCUCUACACAUCACUAUGGUCCCCUUUAAGUUCCAACAUGGCAGCACCCAUAAUAAGGAGGUGUAAUCUAUUUUAAUGUCCUUUUAAGGGACACACUACUCCUCAAAAGACUGUUUAAUACUUUCUGUAUGUAGCUGGUUCUCAUAAGAGGGAAUUGUAGAGUUAACAUCCACAAAAAUGCCUGCAAGAUUGACUUUAACAAGGUUGCCAAGACAGGAAUUGAUUGAUCCUGAAUAUCUAGAGCAGCAGUAUCUAGGUAGCACAAUGUUACUGCAGGUGCUUUAUUUAACCCAUUGUAUGCAAAAAAAAUGCAAAGCAAUACGUGUACAAAUAGUUUAUCUAAAUUAUUUACCUGGCGAGAUAUGUUGGUUGUGGUAUUGUGGGUCAUGAAAUAGUAUCCUCCUGUGAUAAAUCCAUAAGGCAGUGCCGCAAUACUGUAAUAUGCUGGCAGCAAUGUCCCUGUCGUAAUAUUUUUGCUUAGGGUUUCUGCAACUUAUUAGGCAGCUGCUUCAUUCUUUUGGAAGCCACCAAAAGCCCUAACGUGAAUAUCUGAUAGAAGGACCCAUGUUAGUCAAACAGUAGUACAUAUCUCACUGUACCCAGCAACCCCUUGUAGGUUCUGUCUGCUUGACUUGAAUAAAUGCAAGUUUAAUCACAAGCACAAAAAUCUGUUAACACUUUCAUUAAUCAAUGAAAACGAAUGGUAUACGCUAUUACAGCACACUAUCUGUUCUUGGCAUUGUGUCCUUGCUGAUAGUGUACUAUGAGAAAUGUCUGUAUUUCAGGAAGUCCUUGUCUUUUCUCUAGUAAAUAGGAGGCACGGCUAAUAGGUUAUACUGCAAGAAACUGUGUAUUUUCCUUUAAACCUCAAAAAAAAUAGCAGUUUAUUUUGCUGGAAUUUCCUGACCGCUAAAUGAGGGAUACGGAUUAUUGUACAUGUUGUAAAUUAAAGAUUUAUCCACACAAUUCAUACCUGGAUUGAAUUUCAAUGAAUGUUUUUAUUUGUGUACAGUUUCUGCAAAUGUCACCCUGUUUGUCCCAGCCACAUUGUAAAUAGUACUGGAAAUAUAAAAAAAUAUAUACUUUUUUUUUUUUAAAAAAAAACUCUUUUCUUCUUUCAGUCUGCUUUGUUUAAUACGCACUAAAGCACAUACAAUGCAAAACCACUGUGUGUUAGAGGGCUACAGAGGAAUUGUGUAGUCAGUUGUACUAUAUGUGAAACUGAUGAAAUCGAUAUGAAACCCAAAAAUGUUCUUUUGUGAUUCAGACACAGCUUACAAUUUUAAAUAACGUUCCCAAUUUACUUCUAUUAUCAGAUUUGCUUUGUUCUCAUGGUAUUCUUUGUUGAAAAAAAUACAUAGGUAGGUACAUGACAAGGAAUUGAGCUGCCAUCUAGUGCUCUUGCAAAUGAAUAACAUUUUUGCAAAACUUUUGCCAUAUCGUGCUCCAGACAUGGGUAGGCUACUGAGCUUACGUUCUUGCUUUUCAACAAUAGAUACAAAGAGAGCAAAGAAAAAUGAAUAGAAAUAAAUCAGAAAGUAGUUUAAAAUUGCAUGCUAUAAGUCCCAAAAGAAAAUGUUUGUGUUUCAUAUCUUUUUAAAUGAUCUAAGCUGCCCUCCUAUGUUGCAGAUUCAUCUUGUCAGAACCGUUUCACAAAACAGUGUAUCACAAAUAAUCCAGAUAUUUGCAGUGCAUAUAGUUUUAGCCUUCUCAAGGUGAUUUAUACAACAGGUGGUACACACACACAUCCUGUUUCAGCAAAGCAAACUGAUACAGUGUACUCCGAGGGCAAGUUAUGCUGUGGAAACAAAUGGUUUUAUCUUAAAGGGACCAUCAACACUUUGAGAUGGUAAUAUAAAAUGAUAAAUUGUAUAAAUAAAAAAAACUUUGCAAUGUA